UGGUGAAGUCUCAACAGCAGAGAAAAACAAAGGGAAGAAUUCGAAUUUCUCCUUUGUGCUAAGAAUCUUCUUUAUCUGUUCGAAAUGAUAAUUAUAAUGAUUAAUUAAUUAUUCACGCGGGAACACGAAAACAACGAUCGUCUGCUCCUGUAAUCUGAACCUGUGAAUAGGAAUUUCUACUUACUACAUUCUACUUUGUCUACCUUAAAGAUUUAAUUUAAAAAAAAAAAAACAUUUUUGAAGCUGUUGUUAUUGAAGUCGAUAAUUUCUGUUUAUAAACUUCCAUAGCAGUUGACAUUUGUUUGAAGUGCGGACUUGGCUGGAAUUAAAAACAACAAAAUUUACAGCUUUACCGAAGUUGUGACUAUUGUAAGGGCUAGGUCUACGCUCGCGUGCGUGCUAGAUCUAGAUUUAUACCGUGUGUGUCUGAGCGGCCUUCACUGUUUUGGCGCCCUCGGAGAUUAAUACUUCUAAUGUUUCACGGAUGAUGACCACUGCAGGCAGAUUAUCAGGGGAGGCUGCCAACGGAUCCAUCGCUGGCUAAUCACACGUACUAACGAGGUUUGUGGAUUGCGUGUCCUGUAAUUGAACAUUGAAUGAGACUAAAGAUUGUAAACUAUGAAAAGUCAAGUAGCAUGGGAUUGAGAGGCAGUGCAAUGACACAAGUCUGAGACUAACACAGUAUGGCGUAUCAUCCAUUUUUGUACCAACGACCGUCCGAGUUUCAAGGUCAGCCUACUCAUCCUGCUCAGUUUCUUUCUCCACGUGCAAUCCCCUUCACCCUUCCUCUUGGCGGCCCAUUCACUCUCGGCUCGGGCCCCCCACAUCCAGCUGGAGUGACCUCCUACUGCCCAGGAUCUGGUGGACUGGGCCCUUUACCUGGCUUUCUGCUUGCAGAGUACCUGGCUCACCCUGAGUACUACAGGACACUAAGGGCGGCAGCGGGAUUUGAACCCAAAGACGAUGGAGUAAAAGAUAACCCAAAGGCUGACUUGGAAGGAUUAAAUUUAUGGGAUAUGUUCUACCAGCAUGGGACAGAAAUGGUCAUCACUAAGUCAGGAAGGCGGAUGUUUCCUUCCUUUAAGGUCAAAGUGACCGGUCUGGACAAGAAGGCCAAAUACAUAUUGCUGAUGGACAUUAUCCCAGUGGAUGACUGUAGAUAUAAGUUUCAUAACGGCAAGUGGUCAGUGGCCGGAAAGGCUGACCCCGAGAUGCCCAGGAGGAUGUACAUCCACCCAGAUUCUCCGUGCACCGGCGAGCAGUGGAUGCAGAAGGCCAUCAGCUUCCAGAAGCUGAAGUUGACCAAUAACAUCGCGGACAAGAAUGGAUACACGAUUCUCAACUCUAUGCACAAGUAUCAGCCCAGACUUCACAUUGUGAGAGCCGCUGACUUCCUGUCCCUACCUUUCUCUGCCUGGAAGACCAUUGCCUUCGAGGAGACGGCCUUCAUAGCGGUCACCGCUUACCAAAACGAAAAGAUAACGCAAUUGAAAAUCGACAACAACCCGUUCGCCAAGGGCUUCAGGGACACAGGAGGAGGAAAAAGAGAGAAAAAGCGGUUGGCAAGUCAAGCAGCACACGAGAGCUCACCGUCAAAGAUGAUCCGUCAAAAAUCCAACGAGCCGAGAAUCACCGAAGACGUCACGUCGGCAAUCGAAGUCCGGGAAAUGACCCGGGGAGGAGAUACCGAAGAGGACACCAGGGACGAGGACGAUUACGACGACGACCCGGAGGACAACGACAUCGAGGUGGACCGGACUGAUGACGAGGAAGAUAGCCGGGGCCAAGAAGGGGCCAAGGGAGCCCAAGAGGCUGUCGUCCCUGGUCGACAUCAUGAGACCACUCUGGCGUGCCACACUCACGUGCCGGGAAUCGAUCCAGAAAGCGAGUCCCCGUGUGGAUCAAAAGCGGGCACGGAGGACAACAGAGCUUACAUUACGCUGAAGGGGACGGCGGACGCGGGCCGCGGCGAUGGUUCGACGAGUAAACGCUGGACACUCAAUCCGGAAGAGAAGGGGCUGACCACCACCGACUACCGCCCGACGGAGGCCGACAAUUUUCGACCGCUGCCCCAAUCGAAUCACGGCCCCGCGGUGGUUACUCAUUACGGGGAAAAAAUCGAUACCAGGGAAUCGGACUCCCCAGCCAAGACGAUGGAUAUUAGAAAAGAAAACACCGGAGGCGGAGAAUCGCCCGGGGGCAGAAUCGAUGUUGUGGACGACGAGAUAGACUCUCCGAGGAGUACGCCGAGAUCUCGUGACUUAGCCAGCGUCUCGAGAAAAAGCGAGAGCUCUGAACCUGGAGAGAUAGACUCUACUCUAGCCUCUUCACUUACGGAUAAAAGCGCUUUCAACGUAGCCUCUACUGGAAGACUAUUUUCAGGAAAUUCACUGAGUUAUGGGCCUGGAAACAAUCACCUCGAGCCCUCUCACCAUUUUCAAGGAGGCUUGUACAAUCCCCUUCUCUACACCAAACAUGACUUCAGCAAUAAUAUCUUCUCAUCUUCAGGUGCAUCAGCAUUUUCUCACUCAUCUUCAGGGGGGUUGAACCCUUUCUCUAUCCCUCUACCGCCGCUAUUCGGCUCUCCACCUUACAGCUUGGCAGACCCAGAACUAAUGAGCAAACGCUAUCCUCUGUAUCUCCCAUUCCCACAUUUUCCUUAUUCCCUUCAUGAGUCUCCGUGUCACUUCCCAGAAUCAAUCUUCAAAAGUUCCUUCUCUGCCUCUUCGCCCAAACCGCCUCAGCCUCGGUAUCAGUUCGUGCAUGGCGGAACGCCACCCGGGGCUGUUGCUGCCGCCGCCGCUGCUAAAGCGGCAGCUGACGCGGCGGCAGCUGCUGCAGCUGCAACGGUCAACAUUAUUCAAAGAUCCCCAGGUGAGUCUUCGUCCAGAGAAGCAGAGUUCAAUCAUUCGUCGCCCUUAGCUCACAGCUUAGCUCAUCGAGAUCCUACGAUCUCGGCCAGUCAUCGUUACCAAUUCACUGGUUCGAAACAUUGCUCACCUACCACUGGAAACAGCUCAAACUUUCAAACAUCUGGAGCGUCUCGAGCUCUUGCCAACCGAGAAGAUGAAUCGCCAAACUGGUCUUCCGGUGAAUACAGAGACAAACACCGCCAUACUUUAACUGCCGGAUUUAGCCUCCGAUCACCACUACUUCGAGAUACAUCGCAUAAAGAAAAAAGUCACGCGACUUUGGGCAGACAAGAACCCCAACGUCAAAACGAGGAGGAAACUAGCAAUAAACAGCACGGCGCUCACUUGCAUCUUAAGUCUGACAUUAAACUUGAACCAGUAAAGAAAUCCUAUGACAUUAAUUCUAUCAUCAAGCCGGACGAAUGCAGCAAGGGGAGCGAUCAUUCGGAAGCACAAAUCUACAGUGGCGAGGACUUGCAGAAGGCAGCAUUGCUGCAAUUGCAGCGAGAUAAAGCUUCGUUGUCCGCAUUACCUGCCGGGUUCCAAAAGCAACAUUCGACCGCGCCCAUGUCGUCUCUUCACCAGCAUCAUCAUUUUCAUCAUCACUAUUAUCGUCACCAGCUGAUGCUCGCCGCUGACUCCAUGAGCAGGAAAUCUUUGACGGAAAUGUCAUCAUCGUCGGCCGAGGCUUUGGACCGCUUCUCUAAAGCGCACCCAAACUCCGCUCCGGAAGACAGGCCUGGAGAACAUUCAGAAAAAUCUCUUUCAGACCAGCAGCAAAAGACCCACUUCCCUAAACCCGUCCAACGAGAUAGUUCUGAAGACCACACCCCAGGCGAGCAAGGUGGCAGCCAAAUUAGAAAUAUGCAGCUAAUGCUCCGUGGACUGAAACCAAGUUCGGGCAAUCACCAUUCUUGAUUCGCUUUAGCUCAACUUUUGUGAUAAUUUUCGUUUGUUGUAAAAACUCGUCCAAUGACUGAAGACCUCGAGAAAUGAAAAAAAAAUCCAUUUCACGUUCAAGACAAUGUAUUGACACUUUUUUUGUCACGUGGAUAACUUUCUGAACUUUCAAUCUUGUGGUUCUUUACAAAAUAAUUGGGAUGUUUACUGCUAUGAACUUUCCUCUUUAGCCUGUUGGACAUUGCCACAGUAUUGGAAAUGAAGAUGUUUCUAAGCGUAAUAUUUUUGUGUCUUUAAAACGACAAAAGUUUACCUGGAAAUGUUAUUUCAUAUGUGACGUCAUUUAUCCAAAACUUCUGGAAUAUGAUUUUAAAACGAUUCAGGUUGUUUCGUUGUAAAAAGCCACGAGGUCGUUGGUCUAGAGCCCUGCCCACGACGUCUCUGACCUAGAAUUCUGACUACUAGGUCUCUGGUCUAAAAUCAUGAUUUUGUGUUUUAUAUUUCGUCAUACGUUUGGCAAAUUAUUAGCUCUAACUUUUGGUGAUACUUCCAUAAUUUAUGGUAAUUUUUUAAAUUUGUCAAUAAUUUAUAUCUUAAAUGGUUUUAUUAUUUUUUUUUUUUUGCUCAUGUUUAUAUAUUUAUAUAGCACUAAAUAGUGUUACUCUAAAACCAAGUCUAUAGUUCAAGUAAGAUUUAAUUUUAUUUUAUUAAUAACUAAUAAACCUUUGUUGGACAUGCGAAAUAUAUGUAAAGAAAUGGGAUUACAGGUUGAAGUAAAGUGUACAUCCGCUCCAUUCCCUUCCAACCACAAGGCCAUACCCCCCCCCCAAACCCUGAUUCACUUCUUACACCAAAGAUUUACACACCUUCAUUGUUAUUAUUUGCACUCUUCUUCAUUAUUGCUUUUCUUUACCUGUAUAUCACUAAACAUUUUUGUAUGUUAAACUUAAUAUAGUUUAAUUUUAUUAGAUAUUUAUAUAGAAUUUGAAUGUGGGGACAAUUAAUUACAUACUCAGAUGAGAUAGGACGAAAUUCGAAGCUCUAAAGUUUAACUGACAUUUUGGCUUUUUGAAUGACUGAGAGUUUAGUCAAUGUAUACUAGCAAAGUAUCCAACAAAACUAAUAUCAGAUCCGAUAGUUUUAGCUUCCCUGUACGGAGUUAUUCAUCUAGAUAAGUAUUUCUAUGCUAAUGUCUAAGUAAGACAAUUGCACUAUUAGUAUUAGUGGCACUCAAAAGUCCCAGAAAUUACCCCCCCCCCUUUUUUUUUCUAAUUUUUCCCACGACCAUACUUAAUCUUUUUAAAAAAGUGUGUAAAUAAUAUAUAUAUAUAUAUACAGUUUAGAAUAUAUAUAUAUAUAUAUAUACGCGGGCGGACUGACUGUCAAAAUCGGCCCCGGCAUUUCUAUACCAUUCGGCCCAAAACUUGAAUAUCAUGUAAUAGGCAUCCAAUUCUAGUUCUACUUGUCCUAAAAAUCAAUUUGUUAAGUUUGAUGAUGUAUUGAUAAUUGAACGCAUGCACAUAUAUAUAUAUCUUUUUCAAAAUUAUCACAAAAGACCAAAACUGAAAAGGAGGCAAUCAUGUUUGUGAACUAAUUACAUAUUGUCUCCCCUUAGUCGAAACUUAUAGAGAGUUUGGUUUUCUAUAGUGACCAUGUUUUGUUUGGUGUAAUGCACAAAUUGUAAGAAUAAUUUCCAUAUAGAAUAGAUAAUAAAAGAUUAUUAUUAUUAACAGGAUAAUUAAAUAAUAGUAUAUCCCAUUAUUGUAUUUAGCUCCUCCUUCGUGCUCGAAUAAGAGCUCAUUAAUUAUAUCCCAUAAGCACGUCUAUAAAUUCCAAUCGUCGCUUUGAAAAGCCGGCUACAUGCGUGGCAUGAGUAGGUUUUGGUCAAUUACAGAUAGGCCUGCUUCUUCUCUCCUAUACUUAAAAUUCAGGAGUCUAUAAUUUCUUAGACAAUUGCAGACUUUAAAAUGAAUGACAAGUUUCCGCGGUGACGUGCAUACGUCACUUCCUCUGAUAGAACUAAAGCUGGUCAAUGUGAAACAAUAUAAUUUAUAAAAAAAAAAAAAAGGAAUAAGGUAGAAAGGCAGAGUGACAACAUAGUUUAUGUAAACUUUUGUUAACCUCAACCUGUGGGAGUCGACUGGAAAAUGUUAUUUCAUUUGUCACCUUAUUCAUUAAAACUUAAUUGAACAAAAACAAGUCAGUGGUGCAUUUUUUUUCACUGAUCCUGACUCAAUAUAUAUAGGUCAUAGCUGGGCCACAUGAAGUGCUGCACUGUUUUCUUAAUAGAUGGUCUCACAGCCUGUUUUUUUUUUUUGUUUUAUUGACUGAUAUGAAAAGUUAUCAUUCAUAGAAACACUUCAGAAUUUAAUUCAUAUUACAUUAUUUGUACUAAUGUGUUUAGAAUACAGUUCAAUAAUUCUAAUCCCCAGAUUGCCACUCAAACGCUUUCAUGUUCUGUCCCAUAACGUUUUCAUUUUAGUAUCAAAUUAUUUCGUCAUUUUAUCCACUUUUAAUUUUAUGCUUCUUUUGUCGCUUUGAACUAUGAUCUGUUUUUUUUUUUUUUGUUUUUUGUUGGUUUUAAACAUGUUUUUUUGUAUAUUAAAAACGUUCUCUGAUUAAUGUAAUCAUAAAAACAUCAGUAUUAUUAUUGAGCUCGCCAAAAAUUCGCGCUAUAAAUAAACCUGUUUGUUGCCUAUUUAUGUUUUUGUAAGGACAAAAUAGUCCUUAGUCCCAAACAAUGUUUAAACACAUCAUCUGAUCCGGAAGUUGGAAUAUGAAUGUACAAGUGUUUAAAAUAAGGUUAUCAAUCUGUCAAACAAAAACUAAAAGGUGGGGGGUUCAGUGUAUCUUUGAACACGAGGAAGUGAAUACAAAUACAAGUUUUGCAGUACAGUAUUUUGUUUUGAAUGUAUUAUAUAUAGACAUUAGCAUAACCUGCCUCGUCCUGGAAAUCAAAAUGGCAAAAAGUGCUUACCCCCUCCCCCCCCCCCUAAAAAAACACAAAAAAACUUCCUAUUGAGAGUAAGUGUGCUCUUGCAACUCUAUUUCGGAGCUAGACAUUAAUCACUAGAUAUCUAAGAGAUGUGUUCAAUCCUACUGACUUCAAUUUUGUUUUCUGGUAUUUCUUCUUGUUCCUCGUUCCGAUUGUUAUGUCGGAACGUUCAGAUAACUAAACCGAUAUACGAGAUGAACUGCACAGUGGUUUCAAAUCAUGGAGCUCUCCAUAUAGUUUUCUUUCUAUUUUGGGGCCAGUGUCUUUUUCGGGCCUCUUCAUAAAGAAUGCAGUUUUGAAUGACAUGGUCAGCACAAAGGCAGAUUUCGCUAGUUUCAAUUUUUAACUUCCGGAACAAUUUUUUUGGUCAUAUUCUGUUGUGUCCGGUCCUGAAGCGAUAAACCUACUUCUCUUCUGCUGGUCUUCAAGUUUGGUGAUGUUUCUCCCGCGCGCAAAACCUCCAACCUUUUCCUUUGCCAUGAAACUCCGUUGAUUUAAAACUAGCAAAAAAAUGUUACCCUCUAUUCCACAUAGAAACCGCAUAUCUUACCCCCUGUGGCCUUUUCGUUAGUAUUACGUGCCGGUUUUAGUUUGUUCGAUUCCUCACAAUGUUGUACUCUAUAAUAGCACAAUGGGAGCAUGCAUUUAUGUUUUCUGGAGGGAAAAAUGGUGUCAAAAAUAUUUUGGUGAUAAUUUUUUAUGUUAACAUUUUUUUAUUUGUUGUUUUGAUUUUUUUCGCCAUGAUUGAUUUGUACAAUUCUAUUAUUUAUAUUUGAAUAAAAAACAACACUGCAAUAACAUGUAGACAUCUAUAAACAUUUAGCUUCAUUUUAUUUUUGUUUUAAUGUUAACUGAAGUAAAGAUAUUUAUUUAUCGAG